AUGGUGAUGCUCCUUCUCACCGCCUUCACGGCAAAAAAGUCGAGUUGCCCGUUCUUCCUCCGUCACUUGAACACUCAACUCACCCUAUUAUUCUCAUCACACGCAACCUACAACACCGCCAACAUGGUCAAGCUUGAGGAGUUUGAGGACGAGCACUUCAACACGGAGAAGCCCACUAGCACUAAGAACGAUGCUCUUCUAGUCUCUGAUGAUGAGGACUACAGCGACACCGAAUCUGAAAUCUCCAAUGACUCCGAUGUUGAAGUCGAGGGCGAGACACUCUUCGACCGCGUCUCCGCCCUGAAAGACAUGAUCCCACCCUCCGCCCGCCGAACCGUCUCUAGCUCUGUCUCCUCGCUCACCUCCUUCACCAAAGCCGGCCUGUCCUUCAGCGGCAAGGCUGUCUGGAUUAUCAGCACCAGUGCUUUCCUGAUCGGUGUGCCUUGGGCGCUGGCUUAUGCCGAGGAGGAGCAGUAUAUCCAGAUGGAGCGGGAGCAGGGCAUGAUCCGUGGUGCCAACGAGUCGCUAACCAUCUCAUCUAAUUUUCAGAUGCUCACUCCUGGCGCCGAGCCAGAGAAGAAGGAGGCCGAAGCCACUUUGUAA